GUAACUCUGCGUGGAUAACACGCUAAGGCCUUCACAUCUCCUUGAUGUUUAUGUUGCAUCGGAGAGAGAGAGAGUGAGUAAACUUUUGAAGAUACUCCAUGUUUCAAAAGAAAAGAAAAUAUAGAAGACACAGCCAGACAGGGCAGGCAGGUUUACCUCCCAUUUUUCUCCCCCUGGCUCUUCUACCUGACUAUAAUAAGCUCAGCGGAGUCGACAGCCGAAUUCGCCACAUUCCGUCGGUACUAGAAGGCAGCAAGAUCCAGACACCAUCUUUCUGCUGCAGCGGCAGCCUUGGCAGGCGCCAGAGAUCUCUCGGUUCCCGUGUCCGCAUGCCAAUGCAGCUCUUCCAAGGAGAGAAGCCGGCGCAUGAUUUCCUCUCGCUCCACACCGGAGGAGGCUCUUCGUCGCCGGUUCAGCUCCAGGACACGCAGCAUUCCACCCAAGUUGUAGCAUACGAUUUGGGAGUGCACAAUUCCCUAAAGCCCCUCAAACUGGCCAAGCAGCGUGGCGGCGGCGACGGAGCGAUCGGCAUGGCAUCGUCGGGUUUGGAGGUGGACUUGGAGGAGCAUGUCCUACCGGGUGGCGUCGAGACCUUCAGCAUCAGUCAGGUGCCAUCUGCUCAGUCCAGGGGAGAAGUCGCAAGCCAUGGCAUCGCUAGGGGUGCGUUUGCUCCUGUCCUUCAUGGCUCCAGAACGGAAGGUACACAUGGCACAGAAUCUGGAACCAGGGCUCACAGUGGUCCGUCCACAAUGUGGCAAGAUUCAGGCAUUGAUCAAAGAUCCAGAGCAGCGAGAGGAGAGGGAAGAAGCAGCGGCAGCAGUGCUGAUCAAAGGCCCGGCACUCCGAGAUCAAAGCAUUCCGCUACCGAGCAGAGGAGAAGGACCAAGAUAAAUGACAGGCUUGAACUACUUCGGGAACUCCUACCACACGGUGAUCAGAAGAGGGACAAAGCCUCUUUCCUUCUCGAGGUCAUUGAAUACAUAAGGUUCUUGCAAGAGAAAGUCCAAAAGUUCGAGUCAGCCAACCCACAAAAGAAUCACGAGGAUUCCUUCAUGCCAUGGGCAAAAGUUUACUACAGAUCAUGCUGGAGAAACACAGAGGGAGGAAGAUUAUCACCUUCCACACAAGGUAUGAACAAAGAACAAUAUGGCUCCAAGCAAAUUACAGAGGUACCUACUGCUCUCUUCAGCACACAAAGCGCGAGAGAAACAAUUACAACCAACAGUACCCCCCAAAAGGUGGCAACCACAGCACAAAACUGUGCAAACAUCAGCGCACCUACCAGAAAGCCACCAUGGUUGAGCAUGUCAACCCCUGAUUCAGGCAACGAAACACUAAUCGAGAACAAGAGACAAUGUCUUCACGAGGACACUCGCAGUAUUUCUAAUGCUUACUCUCAAGGGAUAUUAACUAGAUUGACAGAAGCUCUAAAAACGUCAGGAGUAGAUCCAUCUCAAGCUAAUAUAUCUGUAGAGAUUAAUAUGGGCAGAAGAGAAACAGUACAUAGUGACAUACAUGGCGAUUCAAAGGUUAAUGAAGGUGAAGACUCUACUCAUGUGGCCAAGAGGCUCCUGUGUGAAAGAAGCUAGAUCUCAAUUUCAAACUAGAAAAUUCAUACAUCGCCAAGUCCAGACCAGGACUUCAUAGAAGCAAACCACAAUUGAUGCAAU